CCAUUCUUUCUGUCAAAGCAGGUGCCGCGCGGCCAGUGAGCCUGCGCCCUCGCUGCCUGACGGGGCCGUCUGUCUUGGCGGUGCUGAGAGGGGGGCGACCCGCGUGUACAUAGGCUUUAUCUGGCCGCAGAGAAGGGCACGCCCCGCGGGGGUAAGCGAGGAGGAGGGACUCGCAGCAGUCGGUGGAUUGUUGAUGGACUCCGUGGCCAGUGGACGUGGGUGAACCGGUUGACUGGUCUAUGUCUUGAGAAGGGCCGAGGCCGAUUGUGGGUGUUGCAGGGUGGCGUGACCUUUGAGGACAUUGCCGUGUACUUCUCCUGGAAGGAGUGGAGACUUCUGGAUGAGGCUCAGAGACGGCUGUACCACCAUGUGAUGCUGGAGAACUUUACACUUAUAUCCUCACUGGGGCGCAAGAAUUGAUGAAAAACAACACCUCUCCAGCAACUCAAAACACACCUUUCUUUCUGAAGUACCUCAAGAAAUGAUAGGUCAUUUACCUCUGCGAAAGGAUUGGAGAUUUGAGAGCAUCGAAAAUAAUAGUUUUCUCCUUUGAAAACUGUUAUGGAGUCUGAAAUUAUGGCUCUUCUUCACCCUUAAUAAAGAAAAAAGCUGGUCCCGCUAUAGAAGCAGGAUUUCCCGGCAGACCUUAGGAUGCCACCAAAAAAAGCCCUGAACCUCCAGGGUGUAGGACCCACUACCGGCGACAGCCAGACCUUCUGGGAACCACACCGCCUGGAAGUGCCUGGGCACUGAGGGAGCGGCGAGGAGCCAAUGAGGGAAUAGGAAGCGGCGUUUAUGGGCGGGCGCCGGCCCCGGGGCGGGACUUCCGGCCCAUUACGACCUUAGGCUUCUUUUUCCGUUUGUUUACUUUGCCUGGGUUCAGGAAAGCAAUUUCGGAAGGAUUACUGAUCGAGAAGAGGUAAGGGCAGGCUGUCGCUCCAACGCAAGACUGGGGUCCGAGGCUCCGCAACGCUUCUCAUGAUGAAGCCUGGAAAAAGAAUGAUGGUCCGGGUGUCCGCUCCGCUCCCUCAGCUCUCGGCCCUACUCCGCCUCCCGAGUCCGAUGGCGGCGGCCGCGCCCAGGGCCCCGGCGAAGGGUGGCGUGACCUUUGAGGACAUUGCCGUGUACUUCUCCUGGAAGGAGUGGAGACUUCUGGAUGAGGCUCAGAGACGGCUGUACCACCAUGUGAUGCUGGAGAACUUUACACUUAUAUCCUCACUGGGUUGCUGCUGUGGAGCAGAGGCUGUGGAGGCACCCAUUGAACAGAAUGCUUCUGGAGGUGUGUCACAGACCAGGACGCCCAGGGUAGCUCUGACUUCCCAGAAGACCCACCCCUGUGAGAUGUGUGGUCCAGUCUUGAGAGACAUUUUCCAUUUGGCUGAGCAGCAGGGAAAAGAAAACAGCCAGAAACUGUUGAGGUGCGGAGCAUGUGGGAAACGAUUUUAUUUCAGUAUAAAGUUUGAACAGCAGCAGCACGUGGGAGAAACACUAUGCAGAAACGGUGUGGAUGGGGCCUGUGACGUGAAGAGCUGCGGAAUCCAUGAUUCAGGAAAGUCCUUUACCUGUAGGGAAGUUCAGAAGGACUUCCUGUCUGGCUCGAGACAUCUGCGGCAAGAGGCCACUGCGAGUGAGGAGAAGCCAAACACCAUCACACAGUGCAGGGCAACUUUACAAAGCAGAAAAAGUCAUUAUCCUUGGGGAGAAUGCAAGAACGCCUUUAGUCCCAAACAUCCCCAUGUUCAGGACCAGGGUGUCCACCCUGGAAGACAGUGCUUUGUGUGUAAUGAAUGUGGGAAAACAUUCAGGUACAAAUCAUUAUUUGCUAUACACCAGAGAUCUCAUACUGGAGAAAGAUAUCAUGAGUUUGGCAAAUAUGGAAAAUACUCUAGGCAAAGAUCAACCCUGAGUGAACAUGGAAAGACUCACAGUGGAUCCAGGCAAUACACGUGUAGCAAAUGUGGGAAAUCCUUAGGUCCCAAAACUGUCCUCAUUCAUCCCCAGAGAUGGCAUCAUGGAGUAAAGAGUUAUGUGUGCAGUGAAUGUGCAAAAUCUUAUAGCUGUAGCUCAGUGUCGAUUACUCAUAGAGUUCAACCUGGAGAAAGGUUUUAUAAGUGUCGUGGCUGUGGAAAAUCUUUUCCCUCUAUGUCUGCCCUCUGUUAUCAUCGGAGAUCUCACACAGGGGAAAGACCUUUUGAGUGCAGUGAUUGUGGAAAGUGUUUUACUGCUCGUUCUGUCCUCCAUUCUCACCAGAGGGUUCACACUGGAGAAAAGCCUUAUGAGUGCAAUGAAUGUGGCAAGUCCUUUUUGCGAAGAAAUAGCCUCAAUGUACACAUAAAGGUUCACUCAAGUGAAAGGCCUUAUAAAUGUAAUGAAUGUGGGAAAUCUUUGAAGUGUAAGUCAGCAUUCAUUAAACACCAGAGAAUUCACACAGGAGAAAGGCCUUUUGAGUGCAGAGAAUGUGGCAAGUCCUUUCUCCGAAAAAAUACUCUCAAUGUACACAUAAAGGUUCACUCAGGUGAAAGGCCUUAUAAGUGCAAUGAAUGUGGGAAAUCAUUUAAGUUUAAGUCAACAUUCAUUAAACACCAGAGAAUUCACACAGGAGAGAGGCCUUAUGAGUGCAAUGAAUGUGGGAAAUCUUUUAUAUCUAGGACUGACCUGCGUUAUCAUCAAAGAAUUCACACUGGAGAAAGGCCUUAUGAGUGCAGUGAAUGUGGCAAGUCUUUUGUCCGACAAAAUAUCCUCAAAGUACACAGAAAGGUUCACUCAGGUGAAAGGCCUUAUAAGUGUAAUGAAUGUGGGAAAUCUUUGAAGUGUAAGUCAUCGUUGAUUAAACACCAGAGAAUUCACACAGGAGAAAGGCCUUAUGAGUGCAGUGAAUGCGGGAAGUCUUUUAUUACUAGUUCUGUCCUUCAUUCUCAUCAGAGAGUUCACACUGGAGAAAGGCCUUAUGAGUGCAGUGAAUGUGGGAAAACUUUUACCACUAGUUCUGUCCUCCGUGAUCACCAGAGACUUCAUACUGGAGAAAGGCCUUAUGAGUGUAGUAAAUGUGGGAAAACUUUUACCACAAGUUCUGCCCUCCAUUAUCAUCACAGAGUUCACACUGGAGAAAGGCCUUAUGAGUGCAGUGAAUGUGGCAAGUCUUUUGUCCGAAGAAAUAGCCUGAGUGUACACCUAAAGGUUCACUCAGGUGAAAAACCUUAUAAAUGUAAUGAAUGUGGGAAAUCAUUGAAGUGUAAGUCAACAUUCAUUCAACAUCAGAGAAUUCACACAGGAGAACGGCCUUAUGAAUGCAGUGAAUGUGGGAAAUCUUUUUCUGCUACUUCUGUCCUUCGUUCUCACCAGAGAGUUCACACGGGAGAAAGGCCUUAUGAGUGCAAUGAAUGUCAAAAAUCUUUUACCUCUAGUUCUGCCCUCCGUUCUCACCAAAGAGUACACACAGGAGAAAGACCUUAUAAGUGCGAUGACUGUGGCAAGUUCUUUCUCCACAGAAAUAGCCUCAAUGUACAUAUUAAGGUUCACUCAGGUGAAAGGCCUUAUAAAUGUAAUGAAUGUGGCAAAUCUUUGAACUAUAAGUCGACGUUCAUCCAACACCAGAGAAUUCACACAGGAGAAAAGCCUUAUCUGUGCAAUGAAUGUGGGAAGUCUUUUAGUCAUAGCUGUGCCCUCCGGUAUCAUCGUCAAAGUCACCUUGGAAUAAGUCCUUAUGACUGUAGUGAAUGUGGGAAAUCUUUUACCACUAGUUCUGUCCUCCGUGACCACCAGAGACUUCACACUGGAGAAAGGCCCUAUGAGUGCAGUGAAUGUGGGAAAUCUUUUACCGCUCGCUCUGUCCUCCGUUCUCACCAGAGAGUUCACUCUCGGGAAAGGCCUUAUGAAUGCAGUGAAUGUGGCAAGUCCUUUGUCAGAAGAAAUAGCCUCAAUGUACACAUAAAGGUUCACUCAGGUGAAAAGCCUUAUAAGUGUAAUGAAUGUGGGAAAUCUUGGAAGUGCAAGUCAACAUUCAUAAAACACCAGAGAAUUCACACAGGGGAAAAGUCUUUCACUUGCAGUGAAUGUGGGAAAUCUUUUAUUAGUUACGGUGCUCUUGGCCAUCAUCACAGAGUUCACAGUGGUGACAGGCCUUAGGGGUCCUGGUAUUGUGGGGAAUCUUUCAGCUAAAUCUUCAGUCUCCUUCAACAUGAGGAAGUCCGUAGUAAAUAAAGUCCUUGUGGGUGAUAUUACGAACCGAA